AUGUCUGCGAAGGCGCCAGAGCAAAGAUCUUUACCCGCUGUCAAGCGCCCCUCAGGCAUUGGUUCGAGAUCUGGUCCUGCUAUCAAGGAACGGCCAAGCGCUGCGCUCACGCCUGCCACCCAAUCAAGUUCUGUCUUGGAGCAGGUACGACUCCAAGCUUCGAGUCACUCAUCUCCUGGGUCCUACCGAGCACGCGUUGAUGCCCGCGCACCCGCCACCCAACCUGCUACCUAUCCGAGCAGUAAGAUGGGCAAGGUGAAGGUCAUGACCGAUACGCCUAAAUCAGCAACGCAUGCAACGGCCUGCGGGGCGGGCGCUCACAACGGUCUUCGAGACCCGUACGAGGUUCCUUCCGACAGCGAGAUGAAUAGGUUGCCAGUCCGCAAACUCGAGGCGAAACUAACCACCUUUGGUUUGGCCUCAUCUGCAAAGAACCCCAGGGCCAGCAGCAGACCUGUCAAGCUUACUUCCCGCAGUGAUGGAUCGGGAAGGAAGGACUCCCUGCACACAGGCGCUGGCACGAAUUUCCGCACACCUACAACCCCAUCCAAAUCAAGAUCAGGUUCCGGAAUGCUACAUACUUACCAGUCACAACCAUUGACCCCGUUGCCGAUCCCAGCAAAUGCAGACAUCAUCUCCGUGGACUCUUCCUCGAGUGGGCAUGAUCCAUCCCGAAUUCCUUUGCCCGUAUCUCAGCCAGCGUUAACACCUCGUCGACGCUCUGUGUCGCGCAUUCCACCAGAUGCUAAGAUCAUCUCAUUGGGCGGUUCGUCCGGCGACGAGGUUUCGGGUCUAGCUACCAAUGGGGUGACUUCUCACAGCUGCGCAUCCAGUCAACGCACCCCAGUAGAGAUCCCAGCAAAUGCCAAUGUCAUUUAUUUGACAGACUCCUCGUCACAAGAUGACGGGGAGUCAUUUGACGGUGACGAGAAGUACAAUAGUUCGAAGGAUCCACAGAGAGAGCUCGGUUACCCGAAGCAAAAGGAGGUUGGCUGUUCAAUCGGUGGAACCAGAAUCCAAAAAACCUCCCGCCCCAAGACCAGGGGCCAUAGCACGCCUGCAUCGGCUAUUAACCAUGUCAAGAGCAUAACGACAACCAAGUCCGCGAAGAAAGAAGCAGAUAGGCCCUUGCCUAAGUCGUUCUUUGCUGAUUUCACCCAUUCUGUAGACGCGUACCAUCCUGCCUUGGACAAUGACGAGCAAUCAACCGACGAUACUGAUGUUGACGACCAGCCUCCCCGGCGAGGGACUCAACGUAACACUCUGCACUCUACACGGCCAGGGCUCGCGCAGAACCCCCGCAGCUCUUCCAACCCGAGAUCUACGCCGGCGUUUUCUCCGAUCGAUACUAUAACGCCUCGAGUGCGAAGCCAGGUAUCAAGCAGCAGAGCUGUCAGGCUUGGCCUGGGGUACUCGAAACGUUUUCGUGACGCAUUCUCGGAGGCUUCAAGCAAUUCUGACUCCUCCGAUUGUGACGAUGGGGCGAAUGCGGAUGCUGCAAGCUCACCAACGCCGCCGAACCAGGACGGAGACGCCGUCUCAGAUGAGAACGACAAUGAAGGUCACCACAUCACCGCCUUCCCAAAGGGUUCCCCCAAGAGAAAGCCUUGGUGGAACCCAUGGGGAUGGGCCAGAAAGUUUCCGGGAAUCGACUUUGAACUCCAGGGUCAUGAUGUCUGGUUCCGCGGCGGGCCAUUCAAAGGCUAUGUCAUCACUGGACCAAAUGAGGGCAAUUUCAGACCUGGCUACCAGGCUCCAAAUGACGAGGUUCUCGCCCAGGCGGAGAAAACUGCCAUUCUUCAAGCGACGCACGCAUUGUCGAACGUCUCGUCGGAGGAGCAAGACCCAGAUUCACGUCAUUUAGAGUUGCGCAAUAACAGCUCGAAAAGUCCAAGUGAUUCAGAUGAGGGGGCGUCGUUUCAUACUGCGCCGACGGCGGAAACUGUUGGACAUUGGACUCCAAAGUUGGCGUUGUCCUUGGUAGCUCGUGCGAAAGCUACAGAGCGAGUAGAGCGAAGGGAUCGGACAGCACAUCUGGAUCAGUACCAGACGCCGGCAAGGCUUCCAGACGGCCUGGCUCCAGCUCCGUCUCCCAGUAAUACGUUCUCACCGCCCUCAGCAGAUUCCGAGGCCACGUCAACCCUCAUUGCCAGGCAAUGGACGACAAAUUGGGAGUCUUCGCCCCCGUCAAACCAAGAGCUGGGAGCACUGAUGAGUUCUAGCCCUGCGGGGAGAAGUGCCAGAGUGGCGUCACCAGCGCAUGUGGCCAACAAAGAUACCAAUCAUGAAGGCGAUGCUUCGGAAAUCAGCAGCAGUGAACCAAGCUCCGGUAUCCCUGCUUUUCUGCCCCGGAAGACAGCCCAGACUCCGAUUCCGGCCCCUCCGAAGCCUGGGCAUCCUAGUGCAAUGUACAUCCUGAACGGUAUUGCUGAGAGGCGAGUAACUGGAUCAACGACUGAACCGUUCGAGGCACCAUUGGCGUCCCACGAACCAACGGGCGUCAAGCCCCUCAACACGCACAGUGGUCUUGUACCGUUAACCGAUGAUCAACGCUCAGGACCUACACGGAACAUAGCCCAUACGAAGCGGGUAAAGCCAAGUUCGAAAGGCAACAAGGAGAAAUCAGAUGUCAUCAACAUCGCCGUGGAGUUGCCCGCGCUCACGGCAGAGCAACGAGCUUCGUACCGUGUCCUAGGCCCCGAGACCGAUCCCAGUGAAUUCCCCCGCCCCUUGAAAACAUUUGAGGAGAUGAGUGAUGCCGCGGACAGGGUGAAUGGACCAUGUCAUGGCCCUUACGAGGAGGCACUUGACUUUGUCCUGCAUGAGUCUUCACACUGGCUGAACACCAUCACUCCCGUUGGGCCUGGUUCUGAAUCGACUCUUGCAAACGGAGCUUCUGGCUUGGCUCCUAACCGCCGCCUGGUGUCAACCACGCCGGUGCCCCUGCCUCCAUUUUUUGCCUCCCAAGUCCUCGCGAACACAGGUGCCGAACAGCACAACCCGCCAAGAUCAUCCACGACAUCCACGCCAGUGCAUCCUACAGUCACGCCUGCUCCGCCCAUCGCCAGCGUUGUCGAUGUCGCACCAAAAGGCAAGAAGAGCAAGGGGGCUAGGAAGAGAGAGCGGGGCGUGAAGCAUGCAUCGCCAUACCCGCUCUCGGCGCCAUCGAGAGUUAUUCCUGUGCCGGUCGAGGCCAACCACGCGACUGUCGUCCCCAAGGGCAGGAAUAGGAAGCGCCCUGGGAUGGAUGAUACUGUCAGUGCAGCUGAAGACCCCGUGGCCAACGAGGGCCGCAAGCGCCAGAAACAGAAGUCUACUACCAACAGCACUGAUCGUAGCGAAGACAAGAACAGCGAUGAAAAGGCAAAAGGGGGAAAGAAGAGAGUCCGUUGGCCAGCAUGGGGUCGCCACCGUGAAUUUCGUUCCAAGCAGCAACAGGCUGGGGUCGCUCGCGCAUAUCUUCGUCAGGACGUCCCCCCGAUGAGCUUGAGCUUCUCGUCCAAGGGCGCCUCCUCAUCGCUAAUGACACCACCGACCACUUCACGACCCACUAGUCCCGAGUCCAAGUGA